UCUCCCUGCGGUUCUGUUUCGAAAUAAUGCUGGUUGGUUUGCUCAUCAAACUGUUUCUGAAGAGUCGACACUUUAAUCAGAUUCAGCUCACUGAAGAGGAAAAAGAACAGGUCGUACAGGAAUGGACACCCGAACCGUUGGUCCCUACAGUGCCAGGUGACCAUGAACUGAUUGUUCGAAUGGAGGAAAAUGUUGUGCAAGGAUUUGCUGGUAAGAUAUUAAAAAUCAACGGGAAAGAAUGUAUCAACAUGGCGACUUUUAACUUCCUUGGUUUACUAGGUGACAAGUCUGUUGAAAAAGAAAGCAUAAAACGAUUGAGAUACUAUGGUGUUGGCACAUGUGGACCACGUGGUUUCUAUGGCACCACAGAUACACACUUGGAAUGUGAAGAGCGAUUCUGUGAAUAUAUGAAUACCGAAAUGGCUGUUUUAUACUCACAUGGAUUUCUCACUGUUACAAGUGCAAUGGCCACGUAUUCAAAACGUCAUGACGUCAUAUUUUGUGAUAUGGGGGCGUCUUUCGCAGUCACACAAGGAUUAAGAGUGUCCCGCAGCAAUUUCCAUUUCUUUCGCCACAACGACAUGGAACAUCUCGAAGAAUUACUUAUCGAACAUCAAAAAUGGGAAAAACAAAACCCGAAGAAGGCUAAAGUGACCAAAAAGUUAAUUGUCGUCGAAGCGCUGUACCUCAACAUUGGCGAUAUAUGUCCUUUACCAAGAAUUGUGGAAUUGCGAGACAUUUACAAAGUACGUGUGAUUGUUGAUGAAAGCUUUAGCUUCGGAAUCCUGGGAAAAACAGGCCGUGGCAUAACUGAACACUACGGACUCUCAAUAGGAGAUAUUGACGUGUUCACAGCAGAUCUCGAAAAUACGUUCGCCAGUGUUGGAGGUCUUUCUGUCGGCAAGAAGUGGGUUUUGGAUAAACAGAGAAUGGGAAGUCUCGGUUAUGCUUAUUCUGCUUCACAACCUCCGUUGUGUGUUGGGGCCAUCAUACAAGUGAUCAAUAUUUUAGAGGAGAGUAGCGAAUUUGUAACAGAAUGUCGCCAAACUUGCGAAAUGGUUCAAGAAAAACUUUCUGAUAUUGAUGGUUUGAGACUAGGCGGUUUACCAAUAUCUCCUGUGAAACAUCUCUACCUCUCCAAAUCUUCAGGUGACAGACGGACAGACUAUGAUCUUUUACAACGGAUUGUCGUAUUUGCUAAGAACGAAGGUGUAGCACUUGUCGUCACGGAAUAUCUGAAUGACAUGGAAUGGUAUCUUCCAGAGCCAAGUAUACGGAUUGCUGUGAACAGAAAACAUCAGCCAGAAGAUAUCGACAAAGUGGUUAAUGUCUUGCGAGGAGCCACCAAGGAGAUUCUAUCGCUAUAAACACAUACACACACAAAAAGAGACAUACAUAUAUGCAUACAUACAUGCAAACAUUAUAUAUAUAUAUAUAUAUGUACUGUUGAUGUCAUAAUGCUAUAAACUUUUGAGAGAGCACUGGAUCUCGAAGCACAUCACAUAAUGCUAUAGAUAAUAGCAUGUAAAUAUUGGGUUGAAAAACCCUUUUUGACCGAAAAGGUCGAAGGCCGUCCAUGGGAAAUCGAACCCACAUCUCCUGUCGUGUCUAUAAAAAGGUGUGGGUUCGAGUCCCAAGGGCAGCCUUCGACUUUCCUAUCCAAAAGGGUUUUUCAACCCAAUAUUUACGUGCUAUUAUCUAUAGCUUUAUGUGAUGUGCUUCGAGAUCCAUUCUGUUAUAUACUUUCAUAUACGUGUGAAAAAGUCUUCUUGGUUAUCUUCAAGACGUGGAGACAUACCAUGAUCUCUCACUACUUUAUAUUUCAGUGCCGGAAAUAAUGGACAUGAUAGAACUCGUUGCUGUGAAAACAGAAAUUAUAAAAUGUUUACCAUGAAAACAACACUAGUGACAGACUAAUUUUCUCAGUGAACUAGGAACACAUUUCAUCAUCAUUAAUUUUAAUUUUUACUAUGGCAGUGGAUGGCCGAAUCAACUGAACGUUGAACGAAAUUAUUUGUAUUUAGUUACAUUACUCUUUACGUUCUGAGUUCAAAUCCCACAGAAAUUUACCUUUCAUCAUUCCGAAAUCAAUAAAAUAAAGAACCAGUGCAGUGCUGGGUUCAAUUUAAUUGACAAUA